AUGGCUUUGAGAAAUGGGCCACAGGAAGGCAAACCAACCCAAAAAAUUCCUAAACCACAGCCUCCUUCGCGUGAUGGCCAACGCGUACCGAGUCCUUGUAAGCGGGCGUCAGAUGCGGAUAUAGACAUGCUCCUCGCUGAAGGAAAAGCCGCCGCUGCUGCUGCCGCUUCUAAGAAUGGGAGCUCGCAAAGGACGGGCGAUACUCCUAAUGAACCCCGGAGCAAUAACAAUGUCCCAAUACCCACCGUCCCCUUAACGCAACCGAAACGGAAAUCAGUUGACAGUGCAGAAAGACCUUCAACCUCCGCUAUUACAAUUACACGCGACAAAGAGGUCGCGUCUUUGCCCCAGAGGCCGCCUGAAUUAGCGAAAUCUUGCGGCAUAUCACAAUCCAAGAUACAGACACCCUCCCCCAAAGAAGAGAAGAAUCCGCCUGCUGAGGUCCAACCAAUACCAGCUCCAGUAUCACCUUUCCAGAAGCCAGAAGCCACCGAUGACGACGAUAUAAAGCCUACUCUUCAUCUCCUACCGUCUACACCCCAAAGCAAAUGUUUGGUCGAACACGAGUUCCAAAACUUGAGCCCUCAAGAACUCCAAGACCUCCGCGACUGGCUAUUGUUUACCCGAUAUUACGAUGAAAACUACCGUAAUAAUAAAAUCCGCCGUCAUAGGCGCCUGGCUGCUUUGGAUGAAGAAAGGGCGGAAUUGAUCAAAGAAGAACAAAGUGAGCGGCAGGCGUUUUCUGGUGGUGCUGAUUUUAUUCUCCCACAGCCAUGGUUAGCUCAGGUGGUGGUUACAGACCCGAGCCCUCUGCUCAACGACGGGGUCCAGUCAGCUAGGAAUCCCAUAACAUGCAGCUCUCCAGCAUUACCCUCUUGGCCAGCGUCACAGAUCAGCGCAAAUACCGAAAGAGCUUCAUUUGCCGCUACCCCUAACUGCACCAAUGCAAACGAAAAUAUUGAUCACAAACCAUUGACAGAAGGCUACUCACGGCCUACGCAGCCUGCACAACCUACACAGACGCAGAAGCGAGACCGCCCAUACCCCCCAGGAGGCGACGAAUCUCGACGAAAGAUCUCACGUGGGGAUUUAUCUGAAGAUCGAGGCAGUGCCCGAUACUAUGAAAGCCAAGGUUCGUUCCCCAAAAUUAGCAAAAUGUCUCUCCUAAGGGCCUCGCCUAUAUAA